AAAAAAAAAAAAAAAAAAGAAAGUAAGUCAUGGCGGAGGAAAUCCUUUUGCACGAGUGGACUUCUUUCCAGGAUCCCUUUCAAGGGCGCCUGCUGGAGUUUAUAAUGCCGCAGGCGUGUUCCGAAGCCUUUUUCCUGCGCUCCGACUUUGCCGACGGGCCGUGUAUGAAGACGCUGCUGAGCAAAGGCUUGGGGACCGUCAUUAUCCUGGGAUCUAUGUUGGCUGCCUCAGAUCGUCAAGCUGCUGGCCGCCAAGAGCGCCGAGGGCGUGAGCUUCCCGUCGCUGCUCGGCGAGCUGCUCGCCAUCACGGGCUCGCUGGCGUACGCCGUCGCCCACGGCUUCCCCUUCAGGUGCGUCCCGGGCUGACGGCGGCUCCCGCGCGACGCCGACUGACUGCGGCGUGCCUCCCGGCAGCGCCUGGGGCGAGGCGCUCUUCGUCCUGCUGCAGACGCUCGCCGUCGGCUUCCUGGUUCUGCGCUUCCGAGGGAGGACCGGCGCAGGUGCGCUGUUUCUGCUGGUCUACACGGGCGUGCUGCUCGUCCUGCUGUCCCCGCCGGUCCCCUUGUCGGCGCUCGCCGCCCUGCAGGCCUCCAACAUGCCCGCCGUCAUCGUCAGCAGGGUCAUCCAGGCGGCCACCAACCUUCGCAACGGGCACACGGGCCAGUUGUCCGCUCUCACCGUCGCCAUAUUGUUCGCCGGGUCGCUCGCGCGCAUCUUCACCUCGGUGCAGGAAACGGGCGACACGCUGCUGGUGGUCACGUACGUGGUGUCGGUGGCUUGCAACGGCCUCAUCGCGGCGCAGGUGCUCUACUACCGGAAGCCGACCAAAAACUUCCUGCGCCGCCAGACGCACCAGCGGAUUUGCUCGUCCUAGCGCCCGAGACCAGGACUGCCCCCCCCCCCCACACACACACCACCUCCUCGCAGGCAGCAGGUAGGGGGGGGGGGGGGGGGGGGGCUUGCGGCGGGCGACCACGUCGGGUUGUUUCCGGCAUCAAAAAUGUAAUACGGUUGAUCACCGGUACAUUGUUUUGUUCUGAUUAAUAAUUUAAAUUUGUACUUAUUUGAAUGCGAUUAUCAAAAUAUCUAUUUGUUCAUAAAAAAGUUUUUAUUUUAAUUACAAUGACAAUGUUUUGAAACGUUAACUUAAACGUAAACAGAAAUGAAACAUUGUAAAUAAGUUUAAAAACGUGCUUUACACCCAUUUGA